AAAGGAGCACUCUUUUUCUAUUAUUAAUAAAAGAGCCGCCUUUAUUUGCUUUUCUCCUUUCAUCCACUCUUUUUUGCGUUAGAAUUGUAAUUGCAGUGCUGUUGGAAUUGACCUUUGUGUAUUUGAUUGCAUUUUAGGGAGAGAAAAAGAGGUAAAGAGGAUUUCUUUUACAGAGAAAGAAGAGAAGGAAGGGGAUGAGACAGACUUAUGCGGUUCCACCGCCUCCAUCCCGGACUCCGGAUCCGGCUGCAGGAGAUUCCGCCAUCGACGAUGGGACGGAUCAGCUCAGGACUUACCAAGUCUGGAAGGGCAGCAAUAUAUUCUUCCUUAAAGGGAGGCUUAUAUUUGGACCUGAUGCGAGAUCCCUUCUGCUAACCAUAUUUCUUAUUGUUGCUCCAAUUGCUAUUUUUUGUGUAUUUGUAGCAAGAAAGCUGAUGGAUGAUUUUCCUCAUCACUGGGGAAUAUCAAUUGUAGUCAUUGUUGUUGUCCUCACAUCAUUAGAUUUGAUCCUUCUUCUGCUAACAUCAGGAAGAGAUCCCGGUAUAAUACCUCGUAAUGCUCACCCUCCAGAACUAGAAGGUUAUGAAGGGCACACUGAAGCUACAAUGGGCCAAACCCCACCUUUUCGUUUACCGCGCACAAAGGAUGUUGUUAUCAAUGGAAUGAUCGUGAAGACCAAGUACUGUGAUACAUGCAUGCUUUAUAGGCCUCCACGCUGUUCUCACUGUUCAAUAUGUAAUAACUGUGUGCAAAGAUUUGAUCAUCACUGCCCGUGGGUUGGUCAGUGCAUUGGCUUGAGAAAUUACAGGUUCUUCUUCAUGUUUGUGUUCAUUGCGACUCUUCUAUGCUUAUAUGUACAUGGAUUUUGCUGGGUUUACAUCAAGAGGAUCAUGAAUAGUGAGGAGACAACAAUUUGGAAAGCAAUGGCCAAGACUCCGGCCUCCAUUGUGCUAGUAGUUUACACUUUUAUUUCAGUUUGGUUUGUUGGCGGCCUUAGUGUGUUCCAUUUGUAUCUAAUCAGUAAAAACCAGUCUACUUAUGAAAAUUUUAGAUACCGGUAUGAUGGACUAGCCAACCCAUUUGACAAAGGAUUACUUGAGAACUUCAUGGAGAUCUUUUGCUCUAGCAUUCCUCCAUCUAAGAACAAUUUCAGGGCAAAAGUUUGCAAGGAGCCGAGAAUGGUGAGUAGUUUUGUCAGUUCAAACAUAGAAAAAUCCGUAGGUGACUUAGAGAUGGGGAGGAAACCCAUAUGGGAUGAAACUGGAAGAGAGGUGGUGGAUGAUUAUGAUAGAGCAAUACGGAAUGAUGACAAUCUGGAUGAGGAUGGUGGAUUGACCGAUGUUUCUCCGGAUUUAAGCAGGAUCCUUCCCCCACAGGGCUUGGAAGGACGUAGUGUCUUACAUUCCAGGCGUUCUAGUAUGGGAAGAAAAAGUGGAAGCUGGGAAAUAUCACCUGAUGUUCUUGCUUUAGCAGCUGGAGUUGGGGAGUCGAAACGGGUCAUCAGUGCAACUUGACAUCAGAAACUCAGUCUCAGACAAAUACCAAGAUGUAAAGUAAAGAAGAACAAACAAUUACUAAAUCCAUGUGAAAAAAAGGAACAAACAUUAGGAAAAAAAAAUAGUGACCUGUUUGGAUUGCCUUGAUUGAAUGGUAAUGCUCUUUGGUAAUCAAUCCAUCGCAUUAUUAUUUCUGUGUUCGUUUGUAUGUAAGAUUUUGUGACCGUUGGUAUGAGGUUUAGGCUGCUUGUAAUUCUUCUAAAAUGGAAUUUGUGCCACUGGGAGCUUUAAAAUAGUUAAUUUUUGCUGAUAAUAA